AUGGGACGGGGGAAUCGGUGUUUUCUUCGUAGCGGGGUGUGACUUCUUCUGAGAGGACUGCGAUUGUCAGCGGGUGGAUUCUAAUUCUCCAUGGAGAUAACGGUGGUGAUGAAGGAUUCGCAUACGAAUAUGCCCCUUGAUUUAGCACCUACCACUCUCUACUGUCCAGCGCUCGUGGGAGGUCUUUUGUUUCUUAUUCGCAAGACCGGCGGAAGGAUCUGUCUGUACGGGGACGCCGUUGGUCUGGGUGCUCUCGUCUACGGCCAUGACGACGGAUGCUCUUUACGUGAUAAUGUGAAAUGAGUUGAAGGUUGGGGAUAAUGUGGUAGCAAGGCGCGACAGGUUUGUUUAUAAGAAAGAUAAUGGGGUUUUGCGACUUGUUUGGAGAGAAGAGGAAUUGUUGCC